UGACAUCUGAUACUUCUAGAUGAUAAUACUGCGUGAGAUCUACUGUUCACAGAGCUACUAGUAUUAUUCUUUUAAAAAUAGCGCCUUUUAGUCGACUUCUUAUAAUCGAGUGCAGUCUUUGUACAUCGAUUCAUUUCCAUCGAUAUCAUCAUACCUAAAUUAAAUUUAUAAGCAAAUACCAAUAUUGAGGUUAGAUUUUUAUAUAACAAACUACUCUUUUUUAUUAGGUAACUUUACUUAUUAUUUUGAGUAGAAUAAUGGAAUCUAUGGAUAACAUUUCUGAUUCUGACAGAACAAUAAGGUUGGCAAGUCAACGAGUGAAUCUAUGCCUCAAUACAGGCAAUAAUCCACCACAUUUUUAUACUCCUGGACAAGAUAUACCACUAGAAGGUUGCAUGAGAGGGCAUGGAACUUACUUUGACAAGAAUGCAACAACUCUCAAAGCAUCUGUGUCCGGUGUCUUGGAACGUGUGAACCAGUUAAUUCUAGUCAAGCCUCUGAAAUCACGCUACAAUGGAGAAGUGGGUGAUGUGGUUGUUGGUAGAAUAAUGGAGGUGCAGAAAAAACGUUGGAAAGUAGACACUAAUUCACGAUUAGAUGCAAUACUCCAACUCUCGUCUGUCAAUCUGCCGGGAGGAGAACUGAGACUGCGAUCCGUGGAAGAUGAAAGGAUGAUGCGGAAAUAUUUGUCAGAAGGUGAUCUGAUCAGUGCUGAAGUUCAGAGCAUAUUCAGCGAUGGAAGCUUAGCCUUGCACACAAGAAGUCUCAAAUAUGGCAAGCUUUCGCAAGGCAUCCUAGUGAAAGUUUGUCCGGCUCUGGUGAAGCGGUGCAAGACGCAUUUCCAAAAUCUGCCGUUCGGCGUGAGUCUCAUCCUCAGCAACAAUGGCUACAUAUGGAUCUAUUCAACAUCCGAUUUGAAUGAAGAAGAAGGCGGAGGCUUUCUUCAAAACUUGGAUAAGGUGAGUUGAAGAGGGUGGCUCCCUUUGAAAACACUCAUGUUUUUUUUUUUCAUUUUCAUCCAAUUUUAGCAAUAAUUGGCCGACUAAUUUUGAA